AUGAAUCGUCCUCUCUUCUUCUCCUUCUAUAUGAUUAUUGCCUUGUUGCCAUGGCCAAGAGACGUGGUGAAUGCUCUGAAUGCCACCACUGGAACCAGCAGCAAUGCUACUACUAGUAGCGAUGCCUCCAGUCGACAGUACUAUUAUGAUCCGACCGCCAAUGACGAACUAUGGCCGGGAGCCUUUCCCACUCCCGUCAAUUCCACCCAUGUCAUUACCCUGAAUAUUCGCACUGAUCAAUUUCCAGAGGAAACUGUUUGGCAUUGGAGUCAGCGGACAGGACCGGCUACCUUUCAAUUGGUAGAGUCGGGGACACCCGAUGAAGGCAACGCUCUGUUUAGCUACGAGCAGCAAGUCGAGAGUGACACCAUUUAUCAUUUAAAAGUACAAGACACACUCGGCGAUGGAACCUGCUGUGUCUUUGGAUCCGGAUGGUUCACCAUUACCAAUGCCAUUCCAACCAUCCCAACAAACAACAGUCUGUACCAGUAUUAUCCAGAAGGAACCGUCUUGUGGGAACUGUUAGGAAGUGAUUUUCAUCAUCUGGCACAAGUAUACUUGUAUAUUGAUCAAAAUGGACAUUCACAUGUCGUCGAGUAUCUACCCGGAAUUGGAUAUGCCAUUGUCAUUUAUCAGUUUGUAUCCGAAGAGAGAACCAUCACAACACAGCAAAAGAUUGUCGUGCCAGAGACAACAACACCCAAAAAGAGUACUUCCUACGAGCCAGGCAUGGAUCAUUUUGGGGAUAUUCUCCCGUAG